AUGGAAGGCGAUUUCUUUCCUUUCUUGAUCAUGGUUAUUGUACAGUUGGGCUAUGCCGGAAUGAACAUCGUAUCAAAGCUUGCCAUGGAUUCCGGCAUGGACCCAUUUAUCCACGUAACUUACCGGCAGAUCUUUGCCACCGUAGCUAUUGCUCCAUUCGCUUAUUUCUUGGAGAGAAAAAAAAGGCCUAAGAUGACACUGCCUAUUUUCUUCCAGAUUUUCUUAUCUUCAAUUUUUGGGGCAACUUUGAACCAAAUUACUUACUUUAUUGGACUGAAAAAUUCUACUCCAACAAUUGCUUGUGCAUUAUCAAAUAUACUCCCAGCAGUAACUUUUCUCCUUGCUGUCUUCUUUCGAUUAGAAAGUGUGGGAAUAAAGAGGAGGCCUGGGCAAGCGAAGGUGUUGGGAACCCUAGUGUGUGUAGGUGGUGCCAUGCUACUGUCAUUCUACCAUGGACCUGUCAUCCCAAUUGGUGAAUCAACCAUACACUGGAAAUAUGCAGAGAAGAUGGCCAACGUUAAUCCUGCCACCCACACCAACUUCAUCUUGGGCCCCCUUCUUCUCAUAGCAAGCUCAGUUUCCUGGGCAGCGAGAAUGAGCACCAAGUAUCCAGCUCCAUACUCAAGUUCUGCGUUGAUGUGUUUAAUGGCCAGCUUUCAAUGUGUGAUUAUCGGCUUUGGGGUUAAGCGUGAGGCAUCUGCAUGGGCAUUGAGUCCUAGCAUCCGAGCUGUUUCAAGUGUUUAUGCUGGUAUUGUUUGUUCUGCAAUGGCAUUUUGCCUUAUGUCUUGGUGUAUCGAAAGGAAAGGUCCUCUCUAUGUCUCAGUGUUCAGCCCCUUGUUGCUUGUCAUUGUUGCUAUCCUCAGUUGGGCUUUACUUCAGGAGAAAUUAUUCGUUGGAACUGUUGUAGGGUCUGUCUUAAUUGUUAUAGGACUAUAUGGAGUUCUCUGGGGAAAGAACAAGGAGAUAGCAUCAACAAGCCAUAUUGAGGAGCCAUAUGACCAAGAGACACAAGACAUGAAGGACGACUUGGAAUUACUGUUUUCUGAGGUUUCAAAGAGGAAUCUUCCUGCUAAGCACUGA